CAGGUGUAUUAUACUCUAUAGUAAUACAAUGAUAAAUCACAACAUAUAUCGUCCAAAAUGACAGGACAAUGGUUGCCCAUGGAGGAAGGGAAAUUGCCACAAUAUAUAUCAUUUAUAGAUGUCUUCUUAUCCUACCAACAUUGGCAAAUAUAUUGCUGCAUACAGAUGAAGAGGUUUCCAUUGUAGGUAGUACAGUGAGACUUAACUGCAGUCUGGAAGCGCUCAACCAGACUCAUUUCUCACCAAUCAAUAUAACCUGGUACCGCAAUGAAACCGCUCUGGUUGGAGUCAGGACUCCAACAAUCCUUCUCGGUGCGACAUCCUCAACUCUAGUCCUCCGUGAUGUUCAGUUUAAUGACAGCGGUACUUAUUCUUGCUCCUUGACCGAGGCUCAGACAUCUGCAAGGAUCGAAAUCAAUGUUGGCUUACCCCCAGAACCAGCCACUGCUUUAAAGUGUUCCAGUAGUAACUUUGAUAACUCCAUAUGCACAUGGAAUAGAGGAGGCCAACACAGUAACCUUCUUACUGAGGACAGUGUUGAGCGAGUUACGGAUGAUAGUCCAAGGGAAUCAGAGUGGAAGGUGUGUACAGAAAACAUUAAGGGUGUGUCGACCACACAGUCCAUCUGCAAUCAAACCACAUGUUAUGUUGUAUGCUAUAUGCAAGGAAUGGGUGCCAGAUAUCGAGUCAAUUCUAAAAAUCUUCUCGGGACAAACUACUCUGGAGACGUCCACUUCAAUAUUGAUCAAGAGACAAUACCGAAUCCGCCAUCAGACAUCAAGGUCCAGCAUGAGUCAGCUACUUCACUUCUAAUAACAUGGACACCAGACCCAGGAGUAGCUACACCAAGUCGUCAACACCUCGUGACCUACAUUGUGAAGUACCGUUGGGAAGGGGAGGAGAAGUGGUCAAAAAAAGAGGCUCUUGAAAAGAAUGAGGUUUUGCUGACCGGGUUGAGUAAUCCUUAUGGCCUCUACUUCGUCAAAGUCAAGUGUUCUUCUUAUUUUCCAUCAAAAAAAGGUGGUAAAUAUUCUAGAGUGGUCGCUGGACGAACAUCGGAAGAAGCGCCUGUUGAUGCUCCAAGGAAUUUUAGCUGUGUUUCUGAAAUCCUGGAAAGAACCGACAGAAGAAGUAUUCACUUAUCUUGGGAGUUGUUGACGGAUAAAUUCAAGAGGAAUGGAGAAAUCACUGAUCUGAUUAUCCGAGUCAGGCAAAUGGUUAAUACGAGUGCUCCAGCAGAGGUUAGGAUUGUGGGACCAAAUGUGACCAGCUAUACACUAGAAGAUAUGAAAUUAGAGGAAAAGUAUGAAAUCACUUUGCGAUUACGUAACUCAGUGAGACAAUCAGGGAAUUACAGCCUUUGCACCACUGAGCCGAUUCCAUCAGGUGAUUUGUCCGUGUUCCUCACUGUUGCAUGUGUGGGCAGUAUUUGUCUGUUUGCAGCCAUCUUUUGGACGGGUUUUAAGUUCUACAAGAAGGUUAUGAACGGCAUUCCAAAUUUUCAACUUCCACCACAUCUUGGGAAUAGCAACUUGUACUUUUCGGCAAGAAGUCCUCAUCGGACAUUGACACAAGAAAAAGAAGUUUACGAUGAACUACUCACAGGCGAUAGUCUAUUUGUUGAUCUCCCAUCUGAGAAGACACCCUUUGACAGCCCAGGGGUUAGUCCAGGACCUAACAAUAAUUUAGCCUUCUCGGUCACAUUUGAUAAUGGAAAUACACCCCAAGAGAAUGUAGAAAGUUUCCCUCGGGGCAAAGUUGAUGAACUAGACAUCCCUUUUUCAUCGUUACCGCCUACGGAGAGAGAAGCACACCGAAGUAGACAUUGGUCCUCCGAGACUUGCACCUCAUCUCUGAACAGUCCCAUCAGCGUUGGGAGCGGGGGGAGCUACUUCGUCUUGCGUGAAUCCGAUUCCACCAGCUACUGCGUCCUUGCUAAGGAUGGCUUCUCUCCAGCAAAGGAGAACAAUCGACAGGAUCAGGACCUCUCUGAUGUAGGGGCGUCUGGGGGUUUGACACCUUGCUUGGACCUGGAGACUGAUUCAGAUGGAGAAGUUUCAAUCUUAGGGUUUGAGUCUAAGAAGAAAAGCGGCAAGUUUGGUUCACCGGAACGGAUUCUGUACACACGGAAGCAUGUUCUACCUACCUUGACUGAUUCUGAAGUAAGUAAGCACAGGUCACUUAGAGCUUCCACCGAUUGUCCGAUGAAAUCCAGAGACACUGCGGGGCUCUUCGGCUUGGAUGAAGUUACUGAAGAGCAGGAGACUGAGAGCAUUGGAUCGAUCCUGGAAAAUGACGACGAUACAAAAGAAAAUGGCAGCGGUGAAAACGGAGAUGAAGCCGAGAUUGAUUUAGGACUGGCUGGCACACCCGAGAAGCUACAAGAUAUAAACAAAGAUGCUGUUCUCAACAUUCCACCAGAGAAAGUACAAGAUGAAAACAAGGAUGUGGAUAUUAAGAUUCCGACCAAGAAGGUACAAGAACCGAAUGAAGACGAUGGUGUCAAGAUUCCGUCAGAGAAUGCGCAAAUCUCUGUGGAUGAAGAGGGUGGGGGAGCAAGCGCUGGACAAGUCGUAGAGAAUGCAUCAUUGCGCCACACUGACCAACCUGACUUCGUUUUAAAUUAUAUCACCGUCUGUAAAGAUGAUGACGGAAGCAAUGAGGAAGAUAUUGAUGACGAGGAAGUGAAGGCAGAAAUCGGAGAAGACGAAAUGACGAUCACAACGGGGAGUUCCUCUAACCACAUGUAUCCCGGUUCUAGUAAUGGGACGUACAUUGAUCAAGUGCAGCUGGCAAACAUCUCUCCAGUAUCAUCACCGACUCACUUAAACCAUCAUGACUUUAAAAAUUCCACUGUCAGUUUUUAAAUUUUUUCUAAGAAGAAAGAAGUGGCACUUUUUACUUUUAAGCUGUUAUUUUCUUUACUUUUGAAUUUAUGUGGUACGUAGACAACAUUUCUCAGUGCGGUAUCUUGCCUGCCAAGAAAGACCCUGGAUUUCAAGGGUUAUCUUUUGUUAAACUAUUUCUGUGACGUCACUCUACUGUUGAAAGUGUAGAUUAUUUUUACGAAUCGACACUUUCGUUACGAAUAUACACGUAAGUCUAUAGUUGAGUGUAGUUAAGUGAAUA